GGCAGAGCGCGUCCUGGGCUUUCCGACAAUGUGCCGCAUAAUUUCAUUAUGACUGAACCAAAGGAAUCUUUAUACUGUUCAUGAAAUUUAAUUUCAAUAUAAUUUUUAGAUUCAACAUUAGAUAGAAAAAUGGCAGACCAAGGAGAACUUUCAGCUCCUCUCUCGCCUAUAUUGUGCGCAGUGCUAAUCGUCGUAGUCGUCAACGUAGAGCAACUACGCCAGCAUUUCCAGUCGUCGACGUUACCGACGAACAGCUUGGAGAACCAAUCCCCAUAAUUUCAGCGCCUAGUUCUACGGAUGCUGACGCUGACAAUGACGUUGUUGUCAUCUCGUCAGAUGAAGAAUCGAUUACGGAAUCGCCCACUCCUUCCGCCACCGAUGGCGAUGUAUGCGUCAUCUCUUCGGACGACGAACAUGACCAGGAUGAUGACAAUUACGAUCACGAUGCCGAAUGGUAUUUCUCAUCGCCUGAGACAGAUCGCGCUCAAUCUCCUUCAUCGGCUUCAUGGGCUUAGCUCGCUCAAUGCCGCUGAGCUGCCCUCGCCGGAGGGAACAGACGUUGGGCUUCCCGUCCUGCUCUACACAGCGCCCCUUUUCCCAGAGCUUACAAUUCAUAGAUUGACGGCAUCGCCAGAAGGAGCUACCGUGCCGUCCCCGUCGUCCCCGUCGUCGUCGUCGUCGUCGCCUGGUCCAGCGAUCUCCGCUAAAAACCUACCAUCGCCGACGUGGAACUCUGACGUAAGCAUAUGGCCCGACUUGCUUGGAAGUUCGUCGAUUGCGUCGUCUGCAGAACCAGUCGAGCCAGCCGAAACAGUAGUAGACAAGGACGAUGAUGCGCCAGCACAUCAUCUUUCGCCCUUGUCACCGGCGUCGCCAUCAACACCCAUCCCUCGAGAGGAGAGACUUCUGUCCCCCACUGUAUAAGUAAGCUUGUACUUAACAUAACCCAAUAACGCAACUAUUCGUUUAAGGCGGAGGAGAGACAGGAGGACGAGCUACCCGAGUUGUACGGCGUACCCGUGACUCGGGAGUACUUGAGGGAGAGGGAUUUUCGUAGGGACAUUGAUUCGAUCUACGUCUUGACCUCGUCAUUGACGUCGUUCGAACUCAACGACGUCCUCGAUCUUCACGUCGGUGGAGUUAAGUCCUUCCCGGAUAAGAACAAAAAGCAGCUCCGAGCCGUGAGCAAGCUACAUGAACUUAAUACUAAGUUAUAUAGCUGGUAUCACUUUAAGCUUGGUGGCUGCAUGGGUUCUGGCAAGAUCUUUGUCUUGUUCGCUGUCCGCAAGGGAACGUCCGUCGGUCAUGUGCGGAAUAAGCACUUCAUGACAAACGUGCUGCGAACAUCCGCGGAAGGACUGAGUCGGCACUCGAGAAGCGAUGCGCACAAUAUUGCGAAUUUCGAUGUCGACGAUGCUGCUCGUGGGAUAAGAAUCCACCACGAGGAUUGGCCCUUUAUUGCUGGCAACGUAAACGCCAAUCUCGAAAGGUCGGAUUUUCUGGCAGUCAACAGGAUUGCGCGGCUCCUGUUUUAUUCUGCCGUCCACGGCAUCCAGAACACGAGGACGCAGCAGCUGGGGGACGCCGCUGAGAGACUGCUCAGUGGUAGGCUUCAGAUAAACUUACGGAGCCCGCACAUCCUCCGACUUACGGUGGAUGUGUCCGUAAAUAUUGACUCGCCGGACAGAAAAGCUCUCCUCGUGGAUGUGUCGCGCAUCAAGGAGGAGCUGAUCUGCGACGAGAUCAAGAAGCCAAUCGUCAUCGCGACGUACGCCAAGUACAACGUACAGGGGUUAUCCCGAUUUACAUGCCAUUCGGCGUUCGAAUUUGAGAAACCCUGUAUUACGUACGUUCAAGUGUACAAUCCGAACGCGCACCUAAUUAAGGUGAAGCGAAUGGGGCGUUUAAUUUCCUACAUUAUUUCUGGUGGCUAUUCCCAGACCUUUUGUAGGAAAUUCAAAAAAUUGAACAGGCUUUACCGCGAUGCGAGGGGGCAGCUUGCCGACAUGCGGGCUUUUAUCGAAAAGCUCAAGGAGGGUGUCGAUUUGCGCGUAGAGGAGCAGUGGGCCGCGACGCCGUUUGAAGAGUUGAGGGCCAAGCUAGAUAGCUUGGGAGACCUCAAUUUCUGCACUGAACGACUGAUUAGCCAACAGCGCAUCGUUGCCUUGAACGUAGAGUGGCCAGACUAUGUUCAGGAGUCAGUUGGCCGGCAUCUCAGUGUCCUCGAGGAGGCGUUUCAGAGCGUCGCCAAUGACCAGCUUUCUCUGACGUGCAGACAAGUCGUGCGUUUUCACGAAGCGGAGACCUGCCUCAAAGUUUUUAUAGAUCCGCAGUUAUAUGAGAAUUAUGACUAUGGUUAUAGCGUAAAGCUCCGAAAUUGCGGAAAUAUAAAGACUGCUGUCAUCUGUCGGGAGGUUUUCGUACCGGUAGAUCUGGCGUCCGUCGUCGAUGACUCAGAUGGUCUCGUCGGUGUCGUUGAUGAAGAACAGCCACGUUACUGGUACGUUCAGCGGCAUCAACGACACUCGCAACGUCGACCACGACCACCAAGAAGUACACGCAACUACGGGCGUCCUCUUCCGCCGCUAAGGAGGCUUAGCAACUUGCCCGGGAUACGUGGGAUUAGCAAAUUUGCUAAAUAUUACGUAUCCUUGGGCAAGAAAGCGGCCCAUGGGACCAAGGAGAUCGUCCAGACACUGCAGAUACUCCUCAAAUGCUUUGAGGACGAUCUUGAAGCGUCGCCGGUUAGGACGGAGGAAGAGAAGAAGCUGCAGUUUUUGUUUAAGCUACUGGGUGCGCUCGGACGACGGUUUCACGCCGUUCCUAAUUCGGAUGUCAGUGUUCCAAAGCCCCUCUUGGCGUUUCGUGAGAACACCGUCAACGCCUUUUUUGUCAACGCCAAGGAGAGAGGUGCAAUGUGCAGGCGACGCAUUGAUGAGCAUUGUGCUGCGGCCGAUGUUCUGAAUGCGAUUCUGCAGCCCUCGACAAUGGUGGGAGCUCUCACGGCGCAGGCAGCGAAAAUUCCGUCGAGCCGGAGGAACCAGUCGUUCGUCAGAUUGCUAAAAACUUGGAUUAAGGACAACGUGGAGGUGUUCCCCCUUGCACUUCUGACAAAGAAAGGGGGCCACCAGCAUUACAUGUGGCAGCGGGUAGUGCAACCAGGGCAGCUCGUCUCUCAGCCCGUUAUUCAAGAGACACGCGUGCUGAAGAGAAUGAGGAACCUUAAACAAGGCGCGUCCUAUUUCUCCCGCUGCGCAGGAAUCGUGCAGUUUCGAAGGGACCUGCCCCUCAGUCUGGAGCAGAAGAUGGACGUUCGUCAGCCGCAGAUAAGGGUGGAGCACCUAGGCCAUCAUCGCGUUCCAUUCAUUAAGGACGCGGUGAUCACCAUCAUGACCGCAUACAUGAUAAACGAUCUACGUCGACUAGCAGCCGAGCCCCCGACGACUACCGACGACGAGAUCGCGCAAGCGGUGCGGCUGAUGGGACCAUGCUGGCCAGGUGCGCUAGGCGGCUUCAGGGCUUUCCCGAGAGCGUCAUCGGCGCUCUCUACCCCGAGACGGCCUUCAAGGAAGCAAACGUCGAAGCUGCGAUACGUCGACUCGUGGCUCACAACGGCCACUCGCGCGCAAGGAUCGAUCGUGAAAGACGGGUACUUGCUCAAGCGCUACUCCGCGAGAUCAUGGAGCCGACGAGCUGCAUCGGUAGGCUGAUAAGAUCGACAAUCAAGUUCACAUCCGAGCGCUUGGCAGAAUUCGAAGCGGCCCUUCUGCGAGACAUACGGCAGAAUUGGCAGGUCUUCCCUCUCUGUCUGCUCAACCACAGGUGGAGGAACGACCAUUGGCAGCCAGUAGUUAGCGAUGUGGCUGAAAUGCAAUGAAUUACGGACGCCGCUCAAGAGCCGAAGGUAAACAAAUGUCUGGCGACUCUGCGACCAUUCGUUCCUGACGAGAGCGGAAAAUGACGAAGGUGAAAAACCAUAGGAAAAUCGUGUUCGGAAAGUUUACACUAAUGCCUCGAUUGCGUGUAAUUUCGCGAGAAUGCGCGGCAGCUUAUCUCUCUCUCUCUCUCUCUCUCUCUCUCUCUCUCUCUCUCUCUCUCUCUCUGUCUCUCGGUAUCUGUCUCGCUCUGCAAAGAGGCAAUGGUCGGGGGCGUAGAAAAUACAGCCAAAGUCAUUGCUGCUGCACUUUUCCCGAGCUUUCUGAAGAAAUUGUCGAUAAGUUGCUUGCUCGAGUCAGAAAAAUCCCGGAAACUUGGGUCAAAGUAGCUCCGGCAAGCAGCAGCAGCAUCAUCGAGGACUAGGCGGCGGACCACCCGGAUCAUCAAGGACCAGCGGGACAUCGGUGGCAGCGGUGGACUAGGAGGAGGACCAGGACCAGAGGACAAGGACGAGGACCAGCAGCAGGACCAGAGGACAUCGCGGGAUCAUG